UGUCCCCCGUCUUCCAGUUCCUCCGCGCCAACACUGCUCUGCGUUACCCAGCUUCGUUUGGCUUUUUUUUGCAGACCAGUUUUGACACUUUGACUGGAAACUUUUAUCCAUAUAUAUGUAUAUAUAUAUAUAUAUACAUAUAUCUCUUUUUUUACCAACCACCCAUUAAUUUGAGCCAUCCUCCCAUUAACGCCGGUUUUGAUUUGUUUCUGCAAAUGCUGCUUUUAAAACUUUUUUCCCUGCUAACUGCACGUGGAUUCUGAAAUAUCCGGAACUUCUAUUUUUUUACUUAUUCCAUCUGGGAGAAAGCAUCUCUCUCUCCGGCGUGUUGCUAUGAUUGUAAACUAAGAGACGUGGACGCAUCGCCUGCAUCCUUUCUUUUGUCUUUGUUGCACCUCUGCCUUUAAUUACAUAACUGUCUCUGGGAUGUAAGAAGACACUCAAACAAUUGUAUUUUUUUUCUUUUUUUUCCACAAAGGAAUAAACCUUGUUUUUUUACCCGAGGGGAAAAGCAUGGCGACACUUAAAUUGAACAUGCGUUUUGUUUUGGUUUUAUUUGGAUUAUUUUUGCUCCCUUCUCCAUCUGCAAGAGCCGAGCCGGAGCAGCAGGACGAAGAGGAGGAGGAGAGUUCAUGUCAGGGCGCUUUUGACCUAUAUUUUGUGCUCGAUAAGUCUGGCAGUGUGAAGAAUCACUGGGAGGAAAUCUACUACUUUGUGGAGAAUCUAGCUGAGAAAUUCAAAAGUCCCAUGCUGAGGAUGUCCUUCAUAACAUUCUCCUCCAGAGCGUCCACCAUCAUGAAACUGACGGAAAACAGAGGGGACAUCAGAAAGGGGCUGAAUGCUCUGAAAAAUGAGAUUCCUGGUGGAGACACAUUCAUGCACCUUGGACUGCACAGGGCAAACGAGCAGAUCCACCAGGAGAACUUUGGCACGGCUAGCGUGAUUAUCGCGCUGACAGACGGAGAGCUGCAGGAACAUCAGCUCAUUACUGCGCAGCAAGAGGCGGAGAGAGCCAGGUCUCUUGGAGCUAUUGUGUACUGCGUCGGGGUCAAAGACUUCAACGAGACGCAGCUGGCCACUAUUGCGGACACCAUCGAGCACGUGUUUCCUGUGCUGGGCGGCUUCCACUCACUCCGGGGAGUCAUCGAUUCGAUCAUCAAGAAGUCCUGCAUUGAGAUUUUGGCAGCUGAGCCGUCCAGCGUGUGUGCCGGAGAGUCUUUCCAAGUGGUGGUGAGAGGAAACGGCUUCCUCCACGCCAGGAACAUCAACCAGGUGCUCUGCAGCUUCAAAAUCAACGACACCGUUACAGUCAAUGAAAAGCCGGCUAGUGUAGAAGACACAUUCCUGCUGUGUCCGGCUCCCGUCAUCGAUGAAGUUGGGAAGGUGAUUUAUCUCCAAGUGAGCAUGAACGACGGUCUGUCCUUCAUCAGCAGCAACGUGCACGUCACCACCACAGAGUGUUUCGACGGCACCAUCCUCCUGAUCACGCUGCUGGUGUUGUUCCUGCUGCUGGCCCUGCUCUUCAUGUGGUGGUUCUGGCCUCUCUGCUGCACAGUGGUGAUCAAAGAACCGCCUCCUCCACCUCCUCCUGAGCCUGAGAGUUCAGAUGAUGAAGACGGCCUGCCCAAGAAGAAAUGGCCCACUGUGGAUGCCUCUUAUUACGGAGGAAGAGGAAUCGGAGGAAUCAAGAGGAUGGAGGUGCGUUGGGGAGGGAAGGGCUCGACCGAGGAGGGGGCUAAGCUGGAGAAGCCGAAGAACGCCGUGGUGAAAAUGCCGGAGCAGGAGUACGAGCCCUUCGAGCCCAAACCCAAGAAACCUCACAACAAGAAGGCGCCUCAGGACCGGAAGUGGUACACACCUAUCCGGGGUAAACUGGAUGCUAUCUGGGCUCUGUUUCGCCGCGGGUACGACCAGGUCUCCCUGAUGAGACCCCAGCCCGGGGAUCAUGUGAGUAGCUCAGCGGUAUUUCAUUUCAUCAAAUGCUUUUACACACACACACACACUCGCAUUCACUUCCUCUGUUCCUUCACGUUCUGCUUCAAGUUCAUCCCUCCUGCAGUGUUUUAUACCUCUGAUGACCCAUAUUUUUCCCCUUUCUUUCCUUUCUUUUUUCUUGAGUUUGUUGGGUAAAUUAAAUAAAAAAUAUAUUUCUUAUCUUUUGGCUCAUAAUAAGGGAGAUGCCCGGACUCAUAUUUCAAUCUAUGGUGCUAAGCUACUUAGCUGUUUUUUUUUAUGUAACCUGAAAACAAUGAUUGAAAGUAACGGUGGGUGAGGUCACUACUUUAAGUGCUAAUAAUCCAUCCUUGGGUAAAAAAGUUUAUCUUAGAUGGAUAAAAAUAAAAAAAAACAGCAUUAUGUUCCAAACUCGCUUAGUUUUAAAAGUCUUCUAGUGUAUCUACGGUCUCAAAAUGCUCCAGUCAUCUGAACCCUUUAUUCAUCCCGUUCCCUCUUCCUCCAUCUGUCUCGCUAACACCUCAGCUGGCUCGUCUCCAUCCCGUUGAGCCGACGCGCCUGCUUCACAUUAGACGCCAUAAAUCGGAUAAAAAAGCAGAACCACAGCUCGCAACCAGGCACAUCCUUGUAGCUCAAUGGGAGUGUUUUCUGACGGGUUCGUGCCUAUGAGAUGGUCAAAAAUCCCCCCCAUCUCCUCAUAUCAGCCACAUGGGUUAGUUUUAAUGCCUGUAGCCUCUGUGUUAAAAAACUCCCCAGAUAAGAGUUUGGUUUGAAUGUGGAGACAAGACGGGAGGUCACUGAGUGCACACAGCUCUCUAGGGAUGUUUAAAUCCCUCUGACACAUUCAGAAAAGACAGUUCAUGUUUUAAUGUGUUCUGGAGAUUCUUUAUAAUUUCCAACUUCACUGGUUUUGAUGGGCACUUUGUAAUUCAGUGGUACAUAUAAAUGAGGAGUAUAAAUUCGGCUGCUUGGUUUGUAGACGCGCUAGCGGCGUGUUUAUUUAGCAAAUGAUGCUAAAGCCUAAUCUGCAUGGUCUGCAUGGUUCGGCAUGGUUCGGCACGGCUCUACUCAACUCGCUUGGAAUCGUUGUUUUUGGGGUUUUCUAUGAGCAAAAGUUGUGGAUAGAACCCGGUACUUCUUUGGUACCACCUUUGGUCAAAGUUCCAAGCGAGCGGAGCCACUACGAGAAGACGGAGUUGAAACGCUCUGACCACGGAUUCGUCAGAGAGGAUCGUCAUCAGCAGCCGCAAGUGUUUUUUAUUCGAUUUAUUUUUAAAUGGCAGCCCUUAAAACUACGGUUUAAGGGCUGCCACUCCUGUUUGGUCGCUGUUUAAAGGAUCCAUCGAGUGUUGUUUAGGAUGAUUUCACCUCAGUAUGGCGGCUGGCUAACAAUCCCGCCUACAGGUAACCAUCUAGCGUGGAAAAGACAUUUUAAAAAGAGCCGGUAACUAAAGGGAGUUGAAUCGAGCUGAAAUGAGGCAUAACGCACUAAAAUUAGAUCGUGAACAGGGUUAACUUUAUGCCUGUUAAACAUCAGCAUGUUGGCAUUAUCAAUGUGGGCAUGUUAGCAUGCUGACUUUAGCCUCGCAGAGCUGCUAGCGUGGCUGUAGACUCAGUCUGCAAUAACGCGGUUCUCACUUCUUCAUCCGCUCCUCUUCUCUUCCUCCCGUUUUCACUCUUUCCUGCCCUUCCCCAAUCUGUUCUUCACCUUUUCUCUCCCUGCUCUCCACAGCCGUCUCUCCCGCUGAUCAGGCCCCGUCCCCAGCACAAGUUAAAAUCGUGCCUUGUUAGCAGAAGAUUUCCAGUGAUUUCUUUUUUUUUCUUUUAUUAUUAUUUUAUGGGAAUUCCACAUUUAAGAGUGUUUUCUUCGCACUGAAACGGGAACAGAGACAGAAUUUGCUUUUAGCUUUCUUUGAAACAAAUGAGAUAGAAAACAAUGACCGUUACAGCUCACGAUUACAUCUUCACCAAAGCAGAUUGGCAGUCAGAUAAAAAGAGAUUUGGGAUUGGAUUUUCUUAGUCAACAAAAUGUUCUCUUAUCCAGAGAAGCUUUUAGGGAUGUCUGCAUGUGUAAGCUCUGCAUGACGCAACGCUUACUCUCUUUCCACUCAAAUGAUGUCGCCUCCUCAAGUCAUUUGCGGUUUCUAACGAUGCGGUAGAAACAUCUCCCAGGCCAGCAGGCUGGCUCACUUCCAGGUACUGUAAUGUUUUAUUUCAAGGCCAAAGUGGAGUGGAAACAAGCAUGGGACCCUUUUUGUGUUACCUUUGGUGUUAAAUUACCUGCCGCGGUCCCACCCUGUAACGGACCUUUUAGAGCAAAGUCUCACACUCCAAAGCUGGCAGACCUUCAAAUGCAGUGGCGGGCCGUCAGUGCCUGCAAGGCCUUCUCUGCUGGCCUAAACAGAAU